AUGGACACACAGUCAUCUGGAGAAGAUUUGGUCAUUAAGGCGAGAAAGCCAUAUACUAUUACCAAGCAACGAGAGCGAUGGACAGAGGAGGAGCAUAACAGGUUUCUUGAUGCCUUGAAGCUCUAUGGCCGAGCAUGGCAGCGCAUUGAAGAACAUAUUGGAACAAAGACUGCUGUGCAGAUCAGAAGUCAUGCUCAGAAAUUUUUUUCAAAGCUGGAGAAGGAGGCACACAAUAAAGGUGUUCCGGCAGGACAAUCAAUUGACAUAGAUAUUCCGCCUCCACGCCCCAAAAGGAAACCAAGCAAUCCUUAUCCUCGAAAGUCUUGUUCAGCUGCUCCUACAUGGGCCACAUCGCAUGUGGCAGCAAAUGAUGGAAAACUUUUAUCAUCAACAUCAUCUUCGCAUUGUAAACAAGUAGUGGAUUUGGAGAAAGAACCACUUGAUGAGAGACCUACCAAAGAAGAAAAUCCAAGAAAUGGAAAAGAAAAUCAGGAUGAAAACUGCUCAGAAGUCUUAACUAUGCUCCUAGAAGAUCAUUGUUCCUCUGUUUCUUCUGCAAACAAAAAUUCCAUACCCACACAGGUGGCACUAAGAAAUGCUUGCACUUUUAAGGAGUUUGUGCCCCUGAAAGAGGUAAUAAGUCAAGGUGUAACAAAUGAUUCUUAUGUCACUACUGAACUUAAUGGAAAUCAGAAUUUGAAGAAAAAUGAUGCCAAAAAGAUAGUUCAAGAUAAUGGUACGAGUGGAGCCUCAGAGUCAGAGAACACUAAUGCUUUUCAUAAGAAGUUGGUUCAAGGUGAGAAAGCAGAUUAUUUGAAUUGUGCAUUGCCAACAGAUGGGAUGCAAGGAACUCAGACCUACCCGAGGAAUGUUCCUGUACACGUACUGGAUGGGAGCCUAGGAGGAUGUAAUCAAAAUACUCCAUUAGAUAUGUCAUUCGCGGAUACUGCUUUUCAUCCUAUGGGCAAGGUUCAUGGACAGCCUAACCUUUUUGCAAAUCCAACUGCAUCUACUACUACUGAACAUGAAAGUAAUGCAUCAAGAUCUUCUGUUCACCAAUCAUUUCCAGCUUUUCACCAUCCCUUCACCCCAUUACACCAUGGUCAAAAGGAUUACCAGUCAUUUCUGCACAUGUCCUCCACAUUUUCAAGUCUUAUUGUGUCUUCUCUGUUACAAAACCCUGCAGCCCAUGCUGCAGCUAGCUUUGCAGCAACAUUUUGGCCUUAUGCAAAUGCAGAAAAUACAGAAGAUUCUCCGGCAUGCCCCCCUGGAGGUUUUCCAUCUAGGCAAAUGAACUCUCCUCCAAGUAUGGCAGCAAUUGCUGCUGCCACCGUAGCUGCUGCAUCUGCAUGGUGGGCAUCCCAUGGAUUGCUUCCCUUGUGCGCUCCUGUUCAAACUGCUUUUAGCUGUCCUCCUGUGUCCAUGACUGGGGUUCCAUCAAUGGAUAUUGGUGAAGCUCCUGCAGCCAAUAUAGAGAGAGGAGAGAAUUCUCUUCAAAUUCCUUCUUUGCAGGAUCAACAAGUGGACCCAGAACACUUGGAAGCUGUGGAAGCUCAAGAUCCAGCUUCAAAAUCACCAAGUGUGUCAUCAUCACACUCUGAUAACGGAGGUGCAGAACCUAAUAUUGUACUUAAAGCUGCUGCUGAUGAGAAGGUGGUAGCAUCAACCGAAGAAGUUAAUGAUUCAAACAAUGCAAAGAGCAGAAAACAGGUUGACCGUUCUUCGUGUGGUUCCAACACACCUUCCAGCAGCGAAGUAGAGACAGAUGCAUUAGAGAAGCAAGAGAAGGGGAAGGAAGAACUGAAAGAACCUGAUCUAAAUCACCCAGCUUCUGACUCUACUUAUCGUCGCAGUCGAAGUAUCAUCAACAUUAGUGAUCCAUGGAAGGAGGUUUCCGAAGAGGGGCGUAUGGCCUUUCAAGCAUUAUUCUCAAGGGAGGUAUUGCCCCAAAGUUUUUCACCUCCCCCCAAGGACAAAGAGCAUCAGACCACUACAGAAGAAGGAAAGCAGAAUGCUGAGGACAAAGGUGAAGAUGCAUCACUAUUAGACCUAAACAAAAAGACAUGGGUGCCAUUUUCGUGCCACCUGGAAGUGGAGAAAAAUGUGUCACCCGUAGGAGACAACAAUGCAGAGGGGCUGCUGACAAUAGGACUUAGCCAGGGAAAACUUAAGGCUCGUCGAACAGGAUUCAAGCCUUACAAAAGGUGCUCGGUAGAGGCCAACGAGAACAGGGCAGCCAAUGCCAUCAGCCACUGUGAAGAGAAAGGUCCCAAGAGGUUACGCUUGGAAGGGGAAGCUCAAAAUUGA